AUGGUCACCGGCGCUUUCGAUGCAUCCGCUGCUAUAUUUCUUCUCUAUAGCUUGGUCUACGACGCCACUGACGGGAACUUUACUAUCAGGAAGUUUUUCCUAAGUUAUACAAUUGUUCCCGCUCUUAUUCUUACCGCUGAGUUUAUCUACAUGCCACCGCACUCCUAUCACACCAUCACCGAGUUGGAGUGUAAAAUUGAUAAAGCCAAGGACGAUAGCCGUGAUGUCCACGAAUCCGACGAAGACAUACACGUCGCUGAUGACUUGUUCAGGGUACGCAGCGCCCGCGCAGAUUACCGCAAGGCUACCCUACAUGAAAUUGAGAAUAUUGCUGGUGAUGCUCACCAAAGGGAAGAACGGAUGAAAACACUUCAGGAACGACAGAGGGUUAGUGGCGUAUGGGGUGUUUUACACGGUGCACCAGCCCGUAAACAAAUGCUCAGUUUCUGGUUCAUUCUCAUUUUAUUGCUCACUGCCCUUCUAAUGUUGCGUAUGAACUACUUCAUCGCCACUAUACGAGCACAGUACCUAUACAUGUUGGGCUCCGAAGAUGUCUCGGCGUCCAUAAAUCGCCUGUUUGACAUUGCUUUGCCCAUCGGAGGUAUUGCCUCAACCCCGGUUAUUGGGGUUUUGCUCAACUCCCUAAGUGUGGCAGUGUUAUUUUGCCUUCUAACGGUCUUGAUUGUUGUCAUUGGCGUUUUCAACUGUCUGCCCUACCUCUGGUCAGCCUACGUUACCGUUGUCAUGUUCGUGAUUUUCAGGCCUUUGUAUUAUUCUUCUGUCUCUGACUAUGUUACCAAAGUUUUCGGUUUCGCUUCAUUCGGGAGAAUCUAUGGAACUGUGGUGUGUGUUUCAGGAAUAUUCUGCCUUAUCCAGUCAGAGCUGGACGCCGUUACCCGGUUCGCUCUUGACGGCAACCCGAUUCCUAUCACCAUUGCACUUACUGCUGCAGGAGCAUUCUUCAGUGCUACAUUGGCAGUGUUUGUGGCGGUUAAGGGCCGAAAAUUUGUUGCUGGAGUGGAAGCAGGACCGGGUGAUCAUGAUGAGCGAGAACGGUGUCUGCCAGCGGCUGGAGCGGGAUAUGGGACUAUCUAACUAUAGUCCUGAAGAUGCAUCCAUCUGGUCAAGUUCGCUCAGGGUUGACUCAUGCUCAGAAUAUUUCCUGGCUCAAUGCAGCAAGCCAAUGUAGGCAGCUUGCAGCAGUAGUCAUUGCUACUACUUUUUCUGGGCAUCUAGUCAAGAUUUUUUGAUUUCUUUCCGCUGCAUUUUUAGCUAAAGGUUUUAGCUGUAUAUUUCGUAGGUCAAAUGUAGGUAUAGACUUCAAUGAAAUAGUAGAGACGCGGUCACGACAGUGAAAUACAUGUCAGUUCACA